UCUUUCGAAUACCCAGAGACGUUUUAUUUUGCUGUUGUUUAUAAUUCAUCGGAUUCACUCUUUCUUUUGCAUUCUUAUCAAUCAAUCUUUAUCUGUUCUGAUACCCUUGUUUGUUUCCUGAGAAAAACAAGGACAAGAGUCUGACUCUUCGGUGUCAGUAUUUGGGGAAACGACGGAAAAUAGGGAGGAAUGAAAAGGAGAACUAAGUGAAGUGAAAUGGGGAAAAGCACAUGAAAAUACUCAGGAUUAUGAGAUUUUUCUAGGUCGUGAACUUCGUAGCAUUCAUUUGUAAGAGUUCUUAUGACAGGCAUGGAGAGAGACAAUAAUCCUCCAGAAGUAAGUGUGGAGGUGAUGGAAUAUGGUUCCCUUCGUGAUGAUAGGAUUUCAGACAAAAGAGAUGAUGAAGUUCUUUCAACUGAUGAGGGUAAAAUUCAAGAUGCUUCUCUUACCGUUUUGAACGGGAAGGAAGUAGUUUUGGACCCUCUACGUUUCUUGUCUUUAAGAACACCUAUGAGUAACUUGAGGAAAAAACUUCUUGUCUUUGAUCUAAACGGGCUGCUUGUGGAUAUAGUUUCACCUCGUCCAAAGGAUUGUAAGCCAGACGUAAACAUUGGAAGACAAGCCAUGUUUAUUAGACCAUUUUGUCUCGAUUUUCUGAGUUUCUGCUUUGAGCGAUUCGAUCUGGCUGUUUGGUCCUCAAGAAAAAAACAAAAUUUGGAUCGAGCAAUUGAUUAUUUGUUCGGAGAUAUGAAGCAGAAGAUACUAUUUAUCUGGGAUGUAUCACACUGCACUGCAACAAAUGCCAGAACUCUUGAAAACAGGCACAAACACUUGGUGUUUAAGGAACUGAGGAUGAUUUGGGAAAAACUUCACCCAGGUCUUCUGUGGGAGAACGGAGUUUAUAACGAAUCGAACACUCUGUUGUUGGAUGAUUCUCCUUACAAAGCUUUGCUGAAUCCACCACAUACAGCAAUCUUCCCAUUUUCGUUCAAGUAUCAGGAUCAGAAUGAUGAUAAGUCAUUAGGUCCUGGAGGUGAUCUUAGAGUUUAUCUGGAAGAGCUAGCAACAGCUGAAAAUAUUCAAAAGUUUGUGGAGCAACACCCAUUUGGUCAAAAACCAAUCAGUGAAGAAAGUGAAAAUUGGGACUUCUACCACCAGUUUAUAAAUGAAUCGUCAUCUUCGUCAACCGCAAACUAGGUUUCUAUAUCUGCACAUUGGCACUGAUCAGGUAUUUUGCUGACAGAAUAAUGAACUACAGCUUCUUCUUUUGUGUAGGUUAGUGGGGAAUAGAGGAAGGGUAAACACACACAAACACACAUGGGAACUAAUGAACGACAGCUUAAUCGCUGUUUUUGGGAAAUAAAUUAUUGCAACAGGAAUUCAAAAUGUUGAAAGUUUUCUUCGAAGGUUUGUCCUUUCUUGUUGAAAUGUUGGUAUAGGAUGGAUUAUUGGAGCCAUACAUAUUGUAUGACUCCUUACUGUGAACAUUCCUUUUGAUUUAGAGAAUAAAGGGGAUUGUUAUUGUUUA